CUCCGUCCCUCUCUCCAGUGAACACCUGUCCUGCUCCUUCACCUUCUUCCUGCAUGGGGAGAGUAAUGUGUGCACCAGCGUGGAGAUCAACCAGCACCAGCCAGUCUACCACCUGGGGAGGAACACCUGACCCUGGCCCAGCAGUCCUCCAGCCCCUUCCAAGUGAUCCUGAGUCCGUUCGGGCUGAACGGCACCCUGACGGGUCAGUCCUUCAAGGUGUCGGACCCGCCCACCCAGAAGCUGAUCGAGGAGUGGAACCAGUUCUAUCCCAUCAGCCCCAGCGCCAAGGACGGCAGCGCGUCCGAGGACAAGCCGGAGGACAUGGACUGGGAGGACGACUCGCUGGCCGCCGUGGAGGUCCUCGUGGGUGGGGUGAGGAUGGUGUACCCCGCCUGCCUGGUGCUGGUCCCCCAGUCGGACCUCCCCCCCGCCGCCCCCGUGGGCUCCUCCCACUGCACCCCCGUGUACGCGGGCGGCCACCAAGUGCCUGCAUCGUCACAGCGAGACCCUGCCAUCUCCUCGGUCACCCUCACGCCCCCCACGUCCCCGGAGGAGACGCAGACAGUGGACUCCCAGUCGGCCCAGAAGUGGGUGAAGGUGUCGGCCGUGCCGGACGGCUUCCCGGUGGACAGCACCAGCCACCACGGGGGCAAGAUCCCUCGGCGCCUGGCCAGCCAGGUGGUGGAGCGGGUCUGGCAGGAGUGCAACAUCAACCGGGCCCAGAACAAGCGCAAGUUCUCGGCCACCACCAACGGCUGUGACGAGGACCUGCUGGAGAGGGCCGGGGCCUGGGACUUUGUCCAGUCCACACACCGGUCCAGCUGCUGCUGUUCCAGACAUAAAAGCGUGAAGCAGAGAGGGGGCUGCGCGGCGGGCCAGCCCCCGUCUGCGGGCCAGCCCCCGCAGCCGCCCGCCAAGCACAAGGUGGGGGGCGACAAGGCGGAGAAGGGCGACAAGCAGCAGAAGAGGCCGCAGACGCCGUUCCACCACCGCAGCCCGGCCUGCGACGACGCCGCCGCCAUGGAGACGGAGACGGCGGGCCAGAGGAUGUCCCUGCGGGGCCAGGACGCCGCCCGCUUCCCGGGCCUGCGGGCGUCGGACGUCGCCGCCGCCGCCAAGCCCCCCCAGCUGCACGGCGGCGGGGGACCCCCGGAGCUUCCGGCCUCGCCCCAGCCCCCUCCCCUCAGCCCCCACCCCUGCGAGGCCGGGGGCGAGGAGGCGGGGGAGGCCAUGAAGAACCCCUCGACGCCCCACAGCCAGCACUUCUACCAGAACCCUCCGGAGGCCUGUCUGGUGGGCCCGAAGGGCGGGGAGGACCCCCGCCUGGAGGGGCUGGCCCAGCACUUCCAUCCCGCCUACCCCGAGCCCCUGGAGCCCUCGGUGUACGUGGGCGCGGCCGUCCACCUGGAGGAGGACGGCGGCCACGCCCCCUGGCGCUUCUUCAACCUGCCCCGCCGGAAAGAGGCGGAGCUGAGCACGCCGCUGUUGCCCGGCGACAGGCUGCGGGACGAGGCGUCGGGAGGCGCCGACGGCGUGGUGUCGGUCACCGAGCUCAUGGCCGCCUCCAAGAGGCCUCUGAAGGUGUCGGAGGAGCGCGUGCAGAUGUACCUCCAGCGGAGGAACCAGUACCUGGCAGCGGCGGCCAUCAGCGACCACGAGCCCGACGUGGACCCGUACGCCUUCGUGGACGGCGACGUCAAAUUCACCUUCUCCGACAAGAAGGACAAGCUGGGCGGCGAGCGGGAGCCGGGGAAGAGGAACAAGGGGGAGGAUGGAGCAGCGGGCCCAUCAGACGACGCCCAGCGAGCCGCAGCCCACAACCGCGCAGCCUCUACCAGCCUGAUCCACGAGACGGACCUGGCCGUGUCCAUCAACGACCUGGACAACCUCUUCAACUCGGACGAGGAUGAGCUGGCGCCCGGAUCGAGACGAGCGCUCAACGGGACGGACGACAAGUUCAGCAACAAGGAGCCCAAACCAGCCACGCUAGACCCAGUCUCCUGCAUUAGUUCGGCAGACCUGCACCUGCAGAUGUUCCCCACGCCGCCCUCCCUGGAGCAGCACAUCAUGGGCUACUCCCCCAUGAACAUGGGCAGCAAGGAGUACGGCAGCAUGGAGGCGGGCACGGGCCUCACCUCCCUGGACGGCACGUCCGCCCUGGGGGGGCACUUCAAGAUCGAGGUGGAGGAGAGCUUCUGCAGUCCCAAGCCCUCGGAGGUCAAGGACUUCUCGUUCGUGUACAAGCCCGAGCUGUGCCAGGCGUUCGUGGGCUGCUCCAUGUUCGCCCCCCUGAAGACCCUGCCCAGCCAGUGUCUGCCCCCCAUCAAGCUGCCGGACGAGUGCAGCUACCGGCCCAGCUGGACGGUGGGCAAGCUGGAGCUGCUCGCCCCGGCGCCCGCCAUGACCUUCCUCAACAAGGACAGUAACAUCCCCAGCGUGGGCAGCGCCAUGGACCAGGACUACAGCCAGAGCUACACCCCGCAGACCCACACCCCCUUCAUGUCCAACAGCGCCCCGCCCAGCAACAGCAACACGGGCAUCCUGCCCUCCCCGGCCACGCCGCGCUUCUCCGCCCCCACGCCGCGCACGCCCCGCACCCCGCGCACGCCCCGCGGCCCCGCCAGCGUCCAGGGCUCGCUCAAGUACGAGAACUCGGACCUCUACUCGCCCGCCUCCACGCCGUCCACCUGCCGGCCCCUCAACUCGGUGGAGCCGGCCACCGUGCCCUCCAUCCCGGAGGCCCACAGCCUCUACGUCACCCUCAUCCUCUCCGAGUCGGUCAUGAACCUCUUCAAGGACUGCAACUUCGACAGCUGCUGCAUCUGCGUGUGCAACAUGAACAUCAAGGGCGCCGACGUGGGCGUGUACCUGAGCGACCCGGCGGGCGAGGCCCAGUACCCGUGCACGUGCGGCUUCAGCGCCGUGGUCAACCGGCGCUACGGCAACGGCUCGGGCCUCUUCCUGGAGGACGAGCUGGACAUCAUCGGGCGCAGCUCGGACGUGAGCCGCGAGGCGGAGAAGCGCUUCGAGGCGCUGCGCCUCUCGUCGCUGGAGCGGGCGGGCGGCGGCGGGCGGGGCGAGCGCGUGCCCGACGAGCUCAUCCUCCUGCUGCAGGACCAGUGCACCAACCCCUUCUCGCCCAUCGCCAGCGUGGAGCCCGACAGCCUGGCGGCGCGGGGCUCGGCCGGGGCGCCCGUGCCCGCCUGCGUGCGGGUGGAGGAGAGGGACUACCACAGCGACUGCUACAUGGCCCUGGAGCACGGCAGGCAGUUCAUGGACAACAUGUCCGGGGGCAAGGUGGACGAGGCGCUGGUGAAGAGCACCUGUCUGCACCACUGGUCCAAACAUAACGCGGUGGACGUGAGCGCGCUGUGCUCGCAGGACAUCCUCCGCGUGCUGCUGUCCCUCCAGCCCGUGCUGCAGGACGCCAUCCAGAAGAAGAGGAGCGUGCGCUCCUGGGGCGUCCAGGGCCCGCUCACCUGGCAGCAGUUCCACAAGAUGGCGGGACGGGGCUCCUACGGCACAGACGAGUCUCCGGAGCCCCUGCCCAUCCCCACCUUCCUGGUGGGCUACGAGUACGACUUUGUGGUGCUCUCCCCGUUCGGCCUGCCCUACUGGGAGAAGCUGCUGCUGGAUCCCUUUGGGUCCCACAGGGACGUGGGCUACCUGGUGGUCUGCCCCGACAACGAGGCCCUCCUCAGCGGAGCCAAGAGCUUCUUCAGAGACCUCACCGCCGUCUACGAGUCGUGUCGUCUGGGCCAGCAUCGGCCAAUCUCCAAAGGCCACCCAGAUGGCAUUGUACGAGUGGGCGGAGCCGCUGCCAAGAAGCUGUCGGAGCAGCCGGUCAGCGAUUGGUUCCUCAAGGCUGCCAGCGGCAACAGCGACGCCUUCGCCAAGCUCAAGCUCUACGCACAAGUGUGCCGCCACGACCUCGCUCCAUACCUCGCCUCUCAGCCAUUGGACAGCUCCCUACUCAUGCAGCCCACCCCCCCGCCCUCAUCCAACCAAUCCUCGUCCACGCAAUCUUCCGGCUCCUCCUCAUCCUCCAACCCGGCCGGCCCCCAAAGCUCAGUGACCUCAGGAGGAUCCGCCUCCCUCCCCAACAGCAGUAGCCAGUCUGGCGCGGGCGGAGCCAACAGUGCCAACAGCUCGACGGCGUCCUCCGGCCAGGCGGGCGGCGGGAUGCAGUCGACCAAGCCCAGCUCGUUCCCUCCGUUCGGGGGCAUGAGCGGCGGGCAGAGCCAGAACCAGGGGGGGCAGCUGGGCCAGCAGGCUGGAGCCCAGAACACAGGCCUCCCUGGGGACGGCUCCACCAGCCAGCCCCAGGGGCCAACUGAAGCCCCAGAGAGCACCAUGGAGAGAGACAAGGUGGGCGUGCCCACGGACGGGGAGUCGCACGCCAUCACGUACCCCCCCGCCAUCGUGGUUUACAUCGUGGACCCGUUCACCUACGAGGAGCCCGAGGGAGGCGGCGGGCCGGCCCACUCCAGCGUGUGGACACUGGGCCUGCUGCGCUGCUACCUGGAGAUGCUCCAGAUCCUGCCCCCGCACAUCCGCAACUCCAUCUCUGUGCAGAUCAUUCCCUGCCAGUACCUGCUCCAGCCAGUCAGGAACGAGGAGCGCCACAUCUACGUGCAGCACCUCAAGUCGCUCGCCUUCUCCGUGUUCUCCCAGUGCCGGCGGCCCCUCCCUGCCUCCACGAACGUCAAAUCACUGACAGGCUUCGGGCCCGGCCUAGCCAUCGACACGGCACUGAAAAGCCCUGAGCGACCGGAAUGCCCGCGCCUGUACACCCCCCCCUUCAUCCUGGCGCCGGUCAAGGACAAGCAGGCAGAGCUUGGGGAGACGUUCGGCGAGGCGGCCCAGAAGUACAACGUGCUCUUCGUGGGCUACUGCCUGUCACAUGACCAGCGCUGGCUCCUGGCCACCUGCACGGACCUGUACGGCGAGCUGCUGGAGACCUGCAUCAUCAGCAUCGACGUGCCCAACAGGGCGCGGAGGAAAAAAGGCUCCGCACGGCGACUGGGCUUGCAGAAGCUGUGGGAUUGGUGCUUAGGGCUAGUGCAGAUGACAUCGGUGCCGUGGAGGGUGGUGAUUGGCCGACUGGGCCGAAUGGGACACGGGGAGUUGAAAGACUGGAGUAUUCUGCUGAGCAGGAGGAACCUGCAGUCCCUCAGCCGCCGCCUCAAAGAGAUGUGUCGCAUGUGCGGCAUCUCCGCCUCCGACACUCCCAGCAUCCUCAGCGCAUGUCUGGUCGCCAUGGAGCCCCAGGGCUCCUUUGUCAUCAUGCCAGACUCGGUGUCGACGGGCUCGGUGUUUGGCCGCAGCACCACCCUGAACAUGCAGACGUCCCAGCUGAGCACGCCGCAGGACACGUCCUGCACCCACAUCCUGGUGUUCCCCACCUCCGCCUUCGUGCAGGUGGCCAGCUCCAACUACACUACUGACACCAACAUCGACAUCGCCUUCAACGCCACCACGGAAUCGGGGGAGGUCAUGGGCAUCUUCGACCUUCUGGACCAGGAGAAUGACCUUGUAGACCCAGACAUCAUCAAUAUCCUGCCAGCCUCGCCCACCACCUCGCCAGUCCACUCCCCAGGCUCCCAGUACCACCACGGAGGAGACGGCAGCAAGGGCCAGAGUGCAGACAGGAUGGAGACCCACGAGGAGACCCCUAACAUCCUGCAGCAGCCCCUGGCCCUGGGCUACUUUGUGUCCACAGCCAAAGCCGGCCCACUGCCUGACUGGUUCUGGUCAGCCUGCCCUCAAGCCCAGAACCAGUGUCCCCUUUUCCUUAAGGCCUCUUUGCACCUCCACGUGUCUUCAGUGCAAUCAGACGAACUGCUGCACAGCAAACACUCCCACCCCCUCGACUCCAAUCAGACCUCAGACGUACUCAGAUUUGUGCUGGAGCAGUACAACGCCCUCUCCUGGCUGACGUGCGACCCGGCCACCCAGGACCGACGCUCCUGCCUGCCCAUCCACUUUGUGGUGCUCAACCAGAUGUACAACUUCAUCAUGAACAUGUUGUAACAGCCAGUCUGAGCGGAGGGAGGAGGAGGGGAGAGCGGAGGACACCGGAGAAGGGGACGCUCCUGAGGGACUCCAGCUCGACGGUCAGAAGACGACCACGGGGACGGGACCCCGGCGUGGGAUGGCAGUGGAUCCCAGGGCCUGCUGUAAUCGGACCAGCUCAGCCAACUCCUGCCACUGUGACACACACACACACACACAUACAUGCAGAGGGAGAGGAUUGAAUCCUGUAUUGGAAAUAAUAGAAGCCAAUGAGAGAGAGAGCGAUAGACAAGUCCCCAGCCGCCAUUGUGUAUGCAAUGUUGACAGUCAUUGGCCAGUACGUGUGGGGAAACAAGUCUGAAGUAUUGGAAGAGAAGGGACAUCUGUGCCCCCGCCGCCACCCCCCUCCCCCCUCCCCUCUCCCCUUCCAAGAAUGGAUCCUUUUAAGACCUGAAAUUCCCUUUUAAUCAUUUGGAUGACAUUGUAUCCAAAUGAAAUGCCUGCAUCUAUCUAUUUAUUGUAAGUUUUUAAAUGUAUAAUUUGUCUUAUUUCUUAACCUCUUUUAUAUAUGAAAAAAUCAAGAAGGUUUAUAUCGCCUUCCUGCUUUAAAGCAAUUGGUCUAAGAUAUAUGUAAUCGUCUUAAUAAAAAAACCAACAAAAAAUCCCAGAAACAUGAAUAAAGUCGCAGUAGGUUGCUUUUAGAGUAUUAUUUUUUGUAAUGGGGACAGAAUAUUUGUAUUGUUACAAUGUACAGAAGAAGUAGAGGGAGAAUUAUGCCCAUGCCUUUGAGCCUGGAAGAUUUACAGCUAAGCUGUAGCUGCAGAGGACUUGUACAGCAAUGAAGUUCACUGUGUUCAAAUAAAGAGGUACAUUGUCGUAUAUAGUAUUUUAUACCACACAUUUAGACACAAAAACCAAACGGCAAUAUAUAUAAAUAUAUAUGAAUGCCGUGCCAGCGAUGGGUGGUGCGGCUUCUGUUUUAGGAAUAAAGUGCGUCAACUCAAUUGA